UUUUUUUUUCGAAAUUGUUUAUUUUAAAGUAAUUUAUUCGUUUUUUCUUUUUCUAAAAACAAAAACUAUCACUUUUAAUGACUGACUACGCUAAUUUGCGAAAGAUUGUAACAGGAGAUAUUAUUGUUAAAUGUAAGAUAUGUCUUCUUCCUUUUUUUUUUUUUAAAAAAAAAGAGAAAUUAACAUACAUGUAUAGGUCGACUUGGUAAUGACAUCCGCCGUAUACCCAUCAAUCAAAUACCUACUUAUGAUGAAUUAUGUUUAAUGAUGUGUCGUGUUUUUAAAGAUAAACUUAAAACACCUGAAAAUAUGAUUAUGAAAUAUAUGGAUGAUGAGGGUGAUAUGAUUAAUAUGUCAGAUGAUAACGACAUUACACAUGCUAUCUCUAUUAAUAAUUUACUCAAAAUAACAAUUUACGAUAAAUCAUUUAGUGAAGAAAAUGCUAAUGACGAAGUGAAAUUAUCCCUAAUUAAGCUUCGUGAUAGUUUAACAGAGUUAAUCAAUAGAAUUGAUGGAAAAGAAGAAAAAGGGGAGGAUAGAAAGGGAAAAGAUACAAAAAAUGUGGAAGAAACUAAGCAGACUCGACGACUUACUCCCUCUGAACUAGCUUCUUUCGAUACCAGUACAACACAUGAAGAAGAAGCCUCUUCUGUAAAAGAAUUAACCAAUAGUAUUUCCCCUGUUUCUACAACUACUGCCUCUGUUCCAUACUAUCCUCCACCUCAAAUACAACAACAACAACAACAGACUGUGCCACAUCAUCCUAAUUAUUCUCAACCUGCUCCUCCACCCCCCUCUCAAUUAACAAUUGGACAGCAGCAACUAAUUCCACACCAACAUCAACCUCCUCAGCAACCUUAUCAGUCGCAGCAGCCUCUUCCUCAGCAAUAUCAAUCUCAACAGCAAUAUCAACCUCACCAGCCACACCCACCCCAGCAGCCACACCCACCCCAGCAGCCACAUCAACCCCAGCAGCUUCAACAGCCUCCGCCUCCGCAAACUCCUACUUAUUCGUCUCAAAGACAAUAUAGUCUUUCUCAAGUUCCUAAUAUCCCCCCUUCCCAAAACCGUAAUCCUCUUUCUUAUUUGCCUCCUCCACCUUCAACCGCUAAUAAUGCUACACCUCAAUUGCCUCCUCAGCCUUACCAACCUCCUACUAAUACUACUCAUCAUUGGCAAUAAAAUAGCUUUUGUUUUUAUUACUGUUGAAAAUAAAAUAAAAUAAAGAAAUAAAUAAUAUUAUUUGUAAAAAGAGAUUAUAUAUAU